AUGAGCUCCGCGGAGGCGCUGCGCCGGAUGGCGCUCGCGAGCAAGCGCGCGCGCGCGCGCGCCAAGGCGUCGGGCGCGCGCGUGGACGCCGUGUACGAGACGGGAGAGAUCGUGCCCGACGUCGAGCUCAAGCCCGUGCCGCCGUCGCUUCGCAUCGUGCCGCUGCCGCCGCCGCCGCUUCGCAUCGAGCCGCUGCCGCCGCCGCCGCCGCCGCUGACGCUGCAGCUCGCGGGCAAGGCGCUCGCGCACAAGAAGGUCGUCAACGCGAGGGCGAAGGCGAAGGCGAAGAACUCGCGGAAGAAGAAGAACAGAAGGGCGCGAGAGAUGGCGAAGGCCGAGACGACGACGACGGCGGCGGCGACGACGACGCCUCCGCGAUCGCCGCCGAGCGCGACGUCGCCGCCGAAGACGACGAAGAAGGAGCCCCGAGAAGAGCGCGCGGAGGAGGAGGAUCGAGAUCGACGCGGCGCGCUCCUCAUCGACCUCGACGACGUCUACGACCGCGAUGACGACGACGAGCGGGGCGAACGCGCGCACGACGAAGGCGCCGUCGCCACGACGACCGCGGCCGCGUCCGACGCGAUGGCGACGUCGAUGUCGAUCGCGAGGGAGCGCGCGAGGAAGGGCGAGAUGGACCUCGUGAAGGCGAAGCUCGAGCUGACGCGCGCGCGCGUGGCGCUCGAGAGAAAAAAAGCGAGCGGCGGCGGCGGCGGCGGCGGCGGCUCCGGGGGGUCCGGCUCCGGCGCGUCGGGCCAGAGCGCGUCCGCCGCCGCCGCGGUCGCGCUCGCGGCGGCGCUCGCGGCGGCGAACGCGGCGCGGCGCGCCAACGCCGCUGCGGACGCCGCGAACGACGACAGCGCGGCGGCGAAGCGAGAGAUCGACCGUCUCGACGCGGCGGCGCGACGGAUCGAGUCUCGCCGCGCGUCGCUGAAGCGACAGCUGGAGGAGGUGGACGCCGCGGACGAGGACAUUCGACGGCGGCGGCGCAUCGCGGCGGCGAGACUCAGCGGCGGCGCGACCGGCGGCGCGACCGGCGGCGGCGCGAGCGCGUCCGCCGCCGCCGCGGUCGCGCUCGCGGCGGCGCUCGCGGCGGCGAACGCGGCGCGGCGCGCCAACGCCGCUGCGGACGCCGCGAACGACGACAGCGCGGCGGCGAAGCGAGAGAUCGACCGUCUCGACGCGGCGGCGCGACGGAUCGAGUCUCGCCGCGCGUCGCUGAAGCGACAGCUGGAGGAGGUGGACGCCGCGGACGAGGACAUUCGACGGCGGCGGCGCAUCGCGGCGGCGAGACUCAGCGGCGGCGCGACCGGCGGCGCGACCGGCGGCGGCGCGGUGAGUAAGUAUCGGUGGACCGCAGCGGCGGCGGCGGCGCCGGCGGCGCCGGCGCGCGACGCGAAGCUGUCGAAGCUCAAAGCCGAGUUGGCGACGAUGGCGACGCGACGCGCGGACAUCGACCGCGAGAUGGCCGCGGCCGCGGCCGCGAUCGCGGAAGACGAGAUCGCGAGGAAAAAGGCCGUGCUCGAGCAGCGAAGAGAGGCUCGAGAGGACGCGGCGCGGCCGGCGGAAGGAGGCGGCCGCGGCGCUUUCGAUUCGGCGCCGCCGCCGUCUUCGUCGUCGUCGACGUCGACGUCGUACGUCAGUCCGCUCGUGAUGUUCGCCGCGUACCGCGCCGGCGGCGACGCCGUUCUUCAAGGCGACGUGUACAUCCCUCCCGCGGUGCUGAAGAAAGGCCGAGGGAAGGCGCGCGUCGGCGGCGGCGCGCUGAGCGUCACGGAGAAGAACGCUCCCGGGGUAUUUUCUCAACGCGUCGACGCGUCGCGCGCGUUGUGUCCAGUCGAGACGAUUACGUUCUGACGCGCGAGGAGAGAAAAGCCGCGCACGACGUGUUUAGUAGAAGUAACGGUCGUGUUCGGUCGGGGGGUGACGUGUUCAGUGUUCGGUCGGUUAUCACGCCGCACGAGAAGUACCCCGAGUGCCUCGCGUUGCGG